CUCCGUUUAGGUAGUUCCUGGUCUGACUUAGGCCCAGGCUCGGCGAAGCGGGGGAGGGGCGAGAGUUAGUGGUGCUGCUGUUGCUGCUGGCGAGUGACUACUUGGGCGAGAGAGGGAAGAAGGAACCGGAGUCAACGCGGGGGGGGGGAGGGGAGGCGGAAUGUUACCCGAAGUGUAACUGCAGCACCGCCGCCGCCACCACGACCCUCCUCGCCAUGAUCAUAGAGAACGUGGACGCGCUCAAGUCCUGGCUGGCCAAGUUGUUGGAGCCGAUAUGUGAUGCUGAUCCAUCAGCCUUGGCUAACUAUGUUGUUGCACUGGUCAAAAAAGACAAGCCAGAAAAAGAACUGAAGGCUUUCUGUGCUGAUCAGCUAGAUGUAUUUCUGCAAAAAGAAACAUCGGGUUUUGUUGACAAAUUAUUUGAAAGCCUAUAUACUAAGGAUUACCUAGUUCCUAAUGAACCAGUAAAACCAGAUCUGAAGACUAAUCAAGGAAAAGAAGAAAUCAAAGAGGAGGCAAUGAUGCUAAAUACUGUGUUAAAGAAGGUUAUUCCCAUUUCAGAGACAUUUCAGGAAUCUUUUGAAGAAGACCGAGAGAACAAAAAGAAGAAAUACACUAGCCCGCAGAAAAAUCGUUCAGAUUCUAACGAGCAAAGAACCAGAGAAAGAAAAAGAGAUGAUGGCAAAUGGAGAGACUACGAUAGAUACUAUGAUAGGAAUGACUUAUACAGAGACAAAUAUGACUGGCGAAGGGGAAGAAGUAAGAGUCGUAGUAAAAGCAGAGGGUUAAGCCGAAGUCGGAGUCGCAGUAGAGGUAAAAGUAAAGACCAAGAUCCAAACAAAGACAGGGAUGCUGGAAGAAAUAUUGCAGAUCACAGAGAGCGAGCCAAGUUCAAGUGUGAAAGAAGUGACAUGGACAGUUCAUACAACCCUGUGUCUUUGUCGUCCAUAAACUCAGCUGAACAGUAUUCCACUGGAGCCCAGUGUAUUCCUACUGCUGUCACUGUGAUUGCACCAGCUCACCAUCCUGAAAACACAACAGAAAGCUGGUCAAAUUACUAUGGCAAUCAUUCUGCGCCUAAUUCAUUUGGCAGGAAUGUUCCACCAAAAAGGCGGUGUCGAGAUUAUGAUGAACGAGGAUUUUGCGUACUUGGUGAUCUUUGUCAGUUUGAUCAUGGAAAUGACCCACUAGUUGUAGAUGAAGUAUCUCUGCCAAGCAUGAUUCCUUUUCCACCGCCGCCUCCGGGACUUCCUCCACCUGGAAUGCUAAUGCCCCCAACCCAACGUCCAACCCAUAACAUGAGAAUGCCAGGCCCACAUUUACAUCCUCGGCCGCCACCACUCAUUAGAAUCCCCAUACCAAGGCCUCCUUCAUCUCAAUCCAGUUUAAUUAAUAGCCGUGACCAGCCAGGAACAACUACAGUCCCCAGCCUUGCACCAAUGGGGGCAAGGCUACCUCCUCCACUACCCCAAAGCCUACUGUAUUCAGUAUCAGAACAUACAUAUGAACCAGAUGGCUAUAAUCCAGAAGCCCCUAGUAUUACUAGUACUGGUAGAUCUCAGUAUAGACAGUUCUUUUCAAGGACUCCAAUGCAGCGUCCAAAUCUUAUUGGCCUAACAUCUGGUGAAAUGGACACAAAUCCAAGAGCUGCUAAUAUUAUCAUACAAACCGAACCUCCAAUUGGAAUUGCAAGUAACAGCAGUAAUGUAUCCAGAGUGGUGCUUGAGCCAGACAAUAGAAAGAGAAUUUUGAACACUAUAGAAGGGCCAUCUCCAAAGAAACCGUGGAUUGGAAAACAAACUAAUAACCAAAAUAAGCCAGGAUUCCUGAAGAAGAGCCAGUAUACGAAUACUAAAUUGGAAGUUCGUAAAAUACCACCAGAGCUGAACAAUAUUACUCAGUUGAAUGAACAUUUCAGCAAAUUUGGAACAAUUGUCAACAUUCAGGUUGCCUUUAAGAAUGAUCCCGAAGCUGCUCUAAUUCAGUAUUUAACGAACGAUGAAGCCAGAAAAGCUAUUUCUAGCACAGAGGCAGUGUUGAACAAUAGGUUUAUACGAGUAUUGUGGCACCGGGAAAGCAACGAGCAGCAGCUCUUGCAACAGCAGCAACCGUCACAGCCGCAGCCACCACAGCUGCAGCAGCAGCAGCAGCAACAGCAGCAGCUGCCGCCAACACCACCUCUUCAUCAACUGCAUAUGCAGCCGCAGGUUCUGGCACAGCCUCCACCUGUAACAGUGCACAGCAGUAUGCCAAAGGUGGCUAAACCAUUAACUGCAGGUGCCUAUGUCUUUAACAAGGUUCCAGUUAAACAUCGACUUGGAACAACCAGUGGAAAUCAACCAGAUUCUCCACAUGUAUUACUUAACCAGUCCAAUGCUACUACAGAGGAUGUUCAGAUGUUUCCUUCUUCAACGUCACAUACAAAGAUGGUUUACAGCUCUUCGAGUAUGAAGACAGGAAAUAAGUCUGGUACAGGAAAUAAAUCUCAUGAUGUCCAAGAAGUUCUUAAAAAGAAACAGGAGGCAAUGAAAUUGCAACAAGACAUGAGAAAGAAACAGCAGGAAAUGUUGGAGAAACAAAUAGAAUGUCAAAAGAUGCUAAUAUCAAAAUUGGAAAAGAAUAAAACCAUGAAACCAGAAGAAAGAGCAGAGAUAAUGAAGACUCUGAAAGAGCUAACAGGAAAAAUUUCUCAGUUAAAAGAUGAAUUAAAAACUUCCUCUGUUGUUUCUACAACAUCAAAGCUAAAGUCUAAAACUGAAGCACAAAAAGAACUCUUAGAUGCAGAAUUGGACUUACAUAAAAGAUUGUCUUCUGGGGAAGAUACAACUGAACUGAGAAAAAAACUUAGUCAAUUACAGGUGGAGGCGGCUCGUUUAGGAAUCCUACCUGUUGGUCGGGGAAAAGCGAUGUCAGCUCAAACUAGAGGAAGAGGAAGAGGUCGUGGAGGGAGAGGAAGAGGUAUUUUGAAUCACAUGGUAGUGGACCACCGCCCCAAAGCACUAACAAUUGGAGGCUUUGUGGAAGAAGAGAAAGAUGAAGUGCUGCAACAUUUCUCACAAUUUGGAGAUAUUGAAGGCCUUCAAGAGGAGGAAUCUCCUUUAAGUGUUGUUUUGACAUUUAAAUCCCGCUCUGAAGCUGAAAACGCUGCCAAUCAAGGUUUAAAGUUUAAAGACCGACGACUUCAGAUAUCAUGGCAUAAACCUAAAUUACCCUCUGUGUCUACAGAAACUGAGGAGGAAGAGCCCAAGGAAGAGGAGACAGAAACAUCAGAUUUAUUUCUACCUGAAGAUGAUGAUGAUGAAGAUGAAGAUGAAGAUGAAUCCCGCUCUUGGAGAAGAUGAAACUUCAAGAGGAAGCAUAUAAUUUUUGAAUUGUUCGAACUCAAAUUUUUAAAAAAAUAUUUAAAGGAAAUCCAUGAGCCAAAAAUCUGUUUUUGUUUUUUGUUUUUUAUAAAUAUAUACAUUAAGAUAACAAAUGUGUUUGAUAUGUAAACUUAGCAAGCAAGUAGCUAUGAUCAGCCAAAGGCCCAGAGCUUCUACAAAGCUGUAAAAAUGGUUGUGAUCUUAUAAAAGUGAAAUAUAUCAGUCCUUCAAGCCCAACCUUUGUUCAUUCUGAUUUUAAAGUAUCAAUUUGUUUUAUUAAAUAUUAAUGACUUCAUAGUUAAUUUAGAAUUCCUUUCAUUGGAUGGCAGGCAGCUUAAGUAAAUCUCGACUGAAAAACAAUCAGGAAUUGCACAUAUGUUUGUGAACAAGCUGUUUUUCAUAUAUUCCACUAUUUGAAAUAUGGUUAUCAGAAUAAUAAUAGCAUUGGUGAUAGUGAUUUCUUUAUUUCUUUCCCAUCUUUAAACAUUUUAAUUGCCAUUAGGAAUGCACCUAACCAACUACUUCUGCUCUGAUUUCACAUUUUAGUUCAGUGGAACGUAUCGGCCUUAAAAUCUAUUUAAAAUGACAACAGCAGGAAUAUUUUUAACAGUAUUGGUAAUGUGAAAUUUCUUGUUUUGAAAAUGCCCUAUCUAUAGAACUCGCUUCAGGGUAAUUAAUAGCUGCAUUUUAUUUUUUAAGGAAAAGCCAAUGCACUGUUCCAAGUAAUAUAUUUCCUGCAACCCACAGAAUUGCAAAUCAAAAACAAUCUUGAUUUAAAAUAAUAGAUACUAAGCCAGCACUUAGAAUAAUAUUGUAGGUUCAUGUUAUAACACAUUAAAAAUUAACGUUGAGUUGAGGAAAAAAAGUAAAACACUGAUUUAAGCAUUUUUUAUCUGUAUGCUGAUAAAAAUGUGUCUAGUCUUCCCCCUUUU